AAAACUAAAUUGAAGGAAUAUACGUGGGACUUAAAUCGACCAUUGACUGUCUAUGUGACAGUGACAAUAUCAUCCGGUUGACCGCGGUCAUCGCCAGCUCUCUCCCGCUCGAAACAUGAAAACGGCCGCUGAUAAAAGUGCGGUUGACGUUCGUUACGCAUUUGCAGCACGAUUCAAACAUGGCUGCGCCCACAGAGAGCAAGGAUGCAGCUUUUACAGUCUCUAAUGGUCAGUCAACAGCUGAAAAUGCUUCACUACAGUAUAGUCUUAUUUUGGAUCACCUCAUCGGUGACAAAAGGAAAAUUAAAGACUUAAAUCCGACGGUUAUGGGGGCUUUGCCGAGUCCACAGAAAACGGAUGAGCAGAAGAUGAUCGAGAGGGGAAUGGAGAGCUGCGCUUUUAAAUCCCUUAUCGCAUGUGUCGGAGGGUUUGUGUUGGGAGGUGCUUUUGGGGUCUUCACAGCCGGCAUCGACUCCAACGUUGGUCUCGAUCCCAAAGACCCCCUAAAAACCCCCACAGCGAGGGAAGUUUUGAGAGACAUGGGGCAGAGAGGAAUGUCAUAUGCAAAAAACUUUGCCAUUGUGGGUGCGAUGUUUUCAUGCACAGAGUGUAUCAUUGAAUCACAUCGUGGAAAAUCUGAUUGGAAAAAUGCAGUUUACAGUGGCUGUAUUACAGGAGGUGCAAUUGGAUUCAGAGCUGGUCUUAAGGCUGGAGUUCUGGGCUGUGGAGGGUUUGCUGCCUUUUCUGCUGCUAUUGAGUAUUACCUCCGAUGAGCAUCACCUUUAGGACUAUUAUUGUGUACCGUGUCCAUUUCCUUACGGUGUGUUUGAAACACAACACGGAGAACAUUUUCAGUGCAAUCUUCUGUCCUACUGAUCAGUGCUAUAAGUCUCACCAGAAGAGGACUAGAAUGCUCUGUUGUCCGAGUGGACCAAUAUGAUUACAAACCUGAGGAGAAGUUUUGUGCAUAGGUUUUAUGGAGGAUGUGCAGACCUUGUCUUAAAAGAUUAUUGAAGCAUCUGCCCAUUGGCUAGACAACAAACCAUCUGAUGCACAUCACCCUUGAUGACAUCUCUGGCCAAUAUUUAAAUGUUUUGACCUGAUGUUUAAUGAAGUAUGAGUCAAUCUUC